AUGGGCUCUCCAGUUAACACCGCGUUUGCGGUUCUCAGUCUGCUAUCGGUGCUCCCCUUGCUCCUCAUCAGCCCGCUGCACUGGCGUAUGCGAAACACAGGUGAGCCAGCGCAUGCCAAGUAACGGCUCUACGAUCAUCUGCUGACACCGGGUAGCCUUUUCGCAGGUGGCAUUUUGGUGAGACAUGCAGUGAGAGAGACGCUUGAGGCACACCAUACUCACCUCGAUCGCUGCUGGGCUUCUCGCACACAUGCUCGCUCUCUAGAUCGUGAGUGCGGAUGAUGAUGUAGGACGCACCUUCCAUCGCUGACUUGAAAUCCUCGUGCCUCAGAUCUUUUGGACUGCGUUGGGCAAUCUAGUCAUGGGCAUUUGCUCCAUCGUCUGGGCAGACACUAGCGAAAAUGUGUCACCGGCAUGGGCUGACUUUUGUGCGCAUACUUCUGAAGGUGUCAAGCAGUUUGGUUGCACCGCAAGCUGACCUUCUACGCCUUCGACAGCUGCGGCAAUUGUCUGGGUCUACGCACCUGGAUUUGUUGCCGGUAAUUUGUGCAUUCUGCGAAAACUCGAGGCGAUCGCAUGUAAGUGUGACUGCACUACUUGGGUAACCAGCCGAAUCUAAUGCAACGCUGCUCCUUUGUACAGCUACUCGUCAAGUCUCUUUCACGGACCGUGACCGACGAAACACACUCAUUAUAGAUCUAUGCAUCGGCAUCGGCCUCCCUAUCCUGCUGCUUGCACUUCGUCCCAUCAGUCAAGGACAUCGCAUUGGUAAGAGCCUAGAAUCGAGGACAAAUCAAAUUGUCCAUUCUCACGCGUCCCUAUUCUCGCUGCAGACAUCAUCUCCAAUUACGGAGUCAGAAGCCCAUACUACUCUAGCAUCGUCGGAGUCUUCACUUACCAGAUCUGGCUGCUCGGUCUCGGCGUCGCUGGCUUUGUGUACGCAGGUGAGCCCUUCUUUGGUUCCACCUUGCUGAGCUGUUCCUCGUCUCCCAAUGACUUACGCGAUGUGGCUGCCAGGCUUGAUACUGAGGUGGUUUUUGAUGAGACGCCAGCAAUUCGCGGCUGUUCUGGCAAGCAAUUGCACAGGCCUGGACAAGGUGCGCCCUCCUACCCCUCGAACGUGGCCACGCAGCUGCUGAUUCGCCGUUCCAUCACUACAGAACAAGUAUAUCCGUCUGAUGAUACUGGCUCUCGUCGAGCUUUGCAUCAGCUUUCCCCUCACGAUCUACAUAGUGGUAGCAAAGCUUGUCGACACACCCCUUCAACCCUACACGAGCUGGGCAGACGUGCACGAGGAUUGGAACACAGCGUGGAGCUACGACAUUUCUGAGCUCGACACUGCCGACAUCGUCUACACGGAGCUAGGACGAUGGCUUUGCGUUGCCUGGGCUUUCACGUUCGUGGGCUUCUUCGGGUUUACGCAAGAGGUGAGUGUGGAGAACCCAUGCCGUAGUUCACCUCGAGUCUUUGCAUUGGCUCAUUCGAACCGCGUUCCUUUCGAAGGCACGAGCCCAGUAUCGACGGUGGGGGGACGCUUUGGCACGCGCUAGCACUCGCCCCUUCAGCAGCAAGAAAGUCGAAGCCGAAAAGUGAGUCCUCAGCGCGCGUCGCUUCUGUGUCAUGGCAUCAGAGCUCACAGUGGAUGCCGUCUCAUCCUCCUCGUAAACGCAGUCUUCAUCAAAGCAGAGCUCCACAAAGCGAGCCUCGGGAAACGGGACGUUGGUCGCCGAAAGCGUACCCUCACUUGGCCACUUACGACAUGGUAGAGGCUAGCCCAAAUCUCGCCUUCAACAAAUCAUCCGACUUCGACGAGGAAGCGCAGAAGACCCCAUCAUCUCAAUCACCGUCCUUCAGCUUCCAACCAUCUCCACCGAACCUCUCCGAUAUCUACGUUACGACCGAGCGAAUCACCCACAAAGCUUAG